GUGCCUACUAAAAUGACUACGAUAAAAAGAAUGCCUCUGACCGCACUUUGUUUUUUAUUGAAAAAAAAAGCAAAUUACAUAACUGGGCUUUUCGCUGUUUCCCGGCAACGAACAAAAUAGUGUACGAAUUAAUCUAAAUAGAGAGAACGAAUGAAAUAGAUACGCCGCACACACACGUCUUAUAAUUUAUUUCCACUUUCAAAUGCGUGCAGGCGAAACGGUCUAAAAACUUCCAUGUUCCAGAAAACAUUUAUAGUUGUUAUAAACCCUUAAAAAGCACGUGUCCAGUGGUUGAGCAUCCAGCAGCGUUACCGUUAGCACCUCGCAUCUGCCCAUAAAUAGUUAUUAUACACAUUGACAUUCAGACAUAAAUCGAUCUUGAUCGAAGCAUUUUGUGUUUAUACCUCUCUCUGUCGGCACAAGUUUUACUCUCUCUUGACAGCAAGCUUUACUAUGGAACCCAUGGAUGAUCCAGCGUCAAUAGCUGCAGCAGCCUCAAACUUUGCAUCAUAUCCAGGACCUGUAACUGACGCUGCGGCUAAGGAGUUCUUGGAUAGCUACCCCCUUCCCUUACUUUUCAGUGCAUUAGAGAGUGAGUAUGAGGUUCCAGGGCUUGAGGCUUCUGUGGUUUCUUGCCUUGAAAGAAUCUUUAAAACAUCAUAUGGAGCUUCACUUCUUCCUCAGUGCAUGCCCUAUGCAAAAGCAGGUCUGAUAGCAAAUUCUUCAUUGACAAGGCGCUUAGCUUGCAAGGCUGUUGAACAUUUUCUUGAGAACAGUGACAAAGAUGAAGGUAUUGGAGUACAUGCCAUUGCCGAGAAUGGUCUCUUGACAUCUAUCAUCACCUGUCUUGCUGAUGGUGAUGAUAAUGUAGCAAAGGCAGCCACAGAAGCCGUGAAGAACCUUGCCAAAUCAACUAGGGGUCUUGAGCUUCUUUUUCCUUCUAAAGAAGGAGAAAUCAUGCACUUGAAGCAGUUGGCUAUGAAUUGUUCUUCGUUGGUGCGAAUUCGUAUUUUGUCUAUUGCUGCUGCACUUUUUAGUAUCUCAAGUGAGACAGCUGCAGCAGUUUAUCAAUCAGGUCUUCUAAACAUGUUUGAGCAAGAACUUAACAGCACAAGCGAUAUGCUUGCCACUCUGAAUUUACUAGAGCUGCUAUAUGAGUUUGCUGCAACUCCUAACGGUGCAAAGUAUCUAUUAACAAAAAACACGCUUCACCGAUUAGCUGCUACAAUAAGUAAUAGUUCUGUGGAUUCCAUGUUGCGAUCAAGGGCUAUGAUGAUUUGUGCAAGGCUUCUUUCUUUAGAUAGUGUGUAUUCUGCAGUUGAUGAAUUGGAUGUUAAGAAUGUAAUACAAGCUAUUGAUAUGAACUUGGAAUUGUUGAAGUUCACAGAAAGCAAUGAAUGUGAAAUUGCGUUAAAUAGUCUUGGCCAAAUUGGCCUGGUGAUGCAGGGUGCUGAGCUUUUACUUUGCAGUGCCCCACCAACAGCAAGGCAUGUCAUAGAUGCAGCUUUUUCUCGUCAAGGAAGGAAUAUACAAAUGGCUGGCACACAUGCUUUGGCAGACAUUUCUGGAGUGGAGAGAUCUCAAAGCACCUUAUUACUGAAUGACCAAGCAGAAUCAUGCCUUCGCAACUUAAUAUAUACAGCAGCUGAAAAUAGUUCAAUGCGCUCUCCAUCUAACUUGUUUUGGUCACUUCUGCAGCAGGAGCCAGAAGUACGCUUAGCUGUAUAUCGUUUAAUAGCUGGAUUAGUCACCAGGCCAUGGUGUUUGUGGGAAGUUUGCUCAAAACAAGAAAUAAUCAACUUUGUUACAAAUCCAUUCUCUGAAACCACAAAAGAAGGUAUGGAAUUCCGACAUUCAUGCUGUGUAGCAAUCAACAAUUCUUUGAUGGCUUCAGAUUACAAAAAUGAUGCAGCAUUUUCCCAAGUGGCAGAAAAGUUGCAGGUAGCAAUCAAAAGUGGUCCCUAUCUUGCAAAAGUACGAACUGAAUCAACGCCUCUUGUUAUCACACAAGAGAGAUUUUGAAGUAUAUGUCGUUGUAUUUGAAUAAUAAAAACCACUCUUAAGAAAAGGAAUCUAGAGAAGCUAAUUCUCUGCAUUCAUGUAAAUGUUUAAAGCAGACUGCUGGAAAUUAUGAUGAACAUACCAGAUAUUACGCCCAUCUUCUCAAGUGCCAUUUUUGCUUUAUUAUUAUGCUUAAUGAUAUAUGGUCAAGGACAAA